AGCCACUGGGGUUCAGAACUGCUCAGAGCCUCACCCAGGUUCCGUCCAUUGGACACACAGCAGUCACUGCAGGCUGGAGAAAGCACAUUACUGCUUGCCAUGACAACCAUGCAAGGCCCGGGACAGACCGCCCUGGAUGCUGGCUUUGGGGUGCAGCAGCUGGGGCAGCCUGAAGCUCUGCACUCACACCUAUGGAAAGGGCUGACAGAGAAGUUCUUGAGGGGGGAGCCCAAAGCCCUGGGGGUCGUCCAGAUCGUGACUGCCCUUAUGAACCUCAGCACAGGAAUAAUAAUGAUGAGUAGCACAUUACCAUUCUACAGACUUGCUCCAAUAUCAGUGUAUUUGGGGUACACAGUUUGGGGGUCAGUGAUGUUUAUUACUUCAGGAUCCUUGUCAAUUGCAGCAGGAAUAAGAACUAUAAGACCUCUGGUGCAAUGCAGUCUUGUCUUGAACACCAUCGCCUCUGUGUUUGCUGCGGCAGGGAUCAUAAUCAGCGCGAUAAGCUUGACGACCUUCUUCUACCAUUUUAACUAUGGUCACACACCAAAUAGCCAGUCUAUUAUCUUUUUAAUGGGUUUGGAUGGUGUGGUGCUCGUGCUGAGUGUGCUGGAAUUCUGCAUUGCUGUGUCCAUCUCAGCGUUCGGAUGCAAAAUAACCUGUUGUAGCCCUGGUGGGGUUGUGUUAGUUCUGCCAUCAGAUCUUCACACAGUGAAAACAACGUCUCCCGCACCAUUGGAAUGACAUUUGAAUGCCACCAAACAAAUUGACAACAGAUUUAUUCUGAAUGAAUUCAAGAAUUGUAUUUGAGAGUCACAGAAUCCAGUUUGCCAGGAGGUCAGCGGCACUUUGAAUGCAUUUCCUUCAUCCUAAAAGAUUUUAUGUAAGAGCAUUAAAUUGUCAGAGAGUCAAAGAAGCAAAAAGAUAUUACUGAAGUGAAUUAGUGAUGUCUUUUACAGAACUCAUAUUUCUGCUUUGCUGUUUAAUGUUCUUACCAUUUGCCUGACCUGCCUUUGUGGAGUUUUUCAUAUUUCUUGUUUUGUUUUGUUUUGGUUGCUGGCCCUGAGGAUUGAACUCGGCCUAGGCACUGUCCCCAAGAUUCUUUUUCUCAGGGCUAGAGCU